AUGCGUUUCACGGACGGGACGCCGUUUCUUACUGACUGGCGAAGGAUCUCUACCACUGUGUUUCAAGGCGCCUCGGCUUUGUCCGUCGCUGGAGGCAUUGCUGUGCUGAACAACCUGUCGGUGGUGAUGGAGAGGGUGGAGUACUAUAUGGCGAAUAUGAAAAUGAUUCGUGAGACUCUGGCCAAAUGCGCAAUACCCUGUUAUGGCGGUGUUGAUGCGCCCUUCGUUUUCGCCAAGUUUGGUGGGAAUUCGUGGACGGCGUUCGACAAGCUACUGCGAGACUGCCAGAUUGUCACGAUACCAGGGGUUGGCUUCGGUCCGGCAGGAGAAGGCUUUCUGCGGAUAUCUGGUUACGGCACGGCAGAUGAUAUCAAGGAAGCAUGUGAGAGAAUCCUCGCUGUGUUUGGAAGUUGA